GGUUUGUUUAUGUUUUCUCCUGUUGUGUUUGGUCAAUGCAGUCAGAAAAAAAAAAAAUGAAACCUGAAAAAAAGCAAUCUAAAAAUAAAAUGCUGUUUACGUAAUCUAAUCCCACGCACUAAUUUUGUUGCGGAAUUGUGUAAUAACCACAUUGUUUUUAAAUAAUGCAGCAUGCCAUGUUUCAUUGUGCUGUGUAUGGCCUUUGUGUAUUCAAUUUACAACACUAAUCUAGAAUCUCUAUUAAUAUAGUACUUUCAAGUGAGUUAUAUUCUCUUAGGCGUCUGUUUUUCUUGUUUUAGGCUACAGUGGGCCUAUUACUUAAAAAAUGGAACAAACAAAAACACCAGAGUAACCGUAUGGAAUAUCUAAGAAGACGUUGGUAGGAAGACCAUUCUGCAGUGCUGUGAAGAAUGCCGAUUCGUGCAUACUGCACCAUCUGCUCAGAUUAUUUCGAUAACUCGAAAGAUGUGGCUGCUAUACUGUGCGGGCACACCUUUCAUUAUGAAUGUCUUCUUCAGUGGUUCCAGACAGCUCCCUCCAAAACCUGUCCACAGUGCAGGAAACAGGUCAGCCCUAGACACAUCAUAAGCAAGCUGUUCUUCGAUCAAGUGUUGGAAGAGGGGGCCCCCACUCUGGACCCUGAGAGCUUACAGAAUGAAUUGGAGAGGAUCCGGGUGCUGCUCAGCACAAAAGAAUCAGAGUGGAGGGAAAGCCAGAAGAUUAUUAACUCCUUGCGAGAGACUGUUAAUCAACGCAACACCACCUUGGAGUCCCUGCAGAGGAGUCUAGAGGAGAAGGAAAUGUUGUGCUCCACCCUUAGGAAACAGAUGAAGUACCUGGAGAACCAGCAAAAUGAGACCAAGUCUGCAAAAGAGGAAACACGACGCCUGAGGACCAAGAUGAAAACAUUCGAGAGUCUUGACCUUCUUCUCCAGGGCCAGCGUGGGGAGGUGGAGGCCAUGAUCCGGGAUAUGGGAGUGGGCCAGGGUGCUGUAGAGCAGCUCUCCGUCUACUGCGUCUCUCUCAAGAAAGAAUACGAAAACCUGAAAACAAACCACAGAUCCACAAAUGAGAUGACUGAAAAACUUAAGAGAGAACUGUUUUCAUCAAACAGCAAGUUUGAUAAGGCUAUGUUGGAGCUGAAUCGAACAAAAGAAGAUUUGAAAGCAGCCCAGCAAGAACUGGUGAAUGCUGAUGAACAAAUCACGAGUUUGAAGAAGAAAGUGGAGUUCCUGCAGAAGACUCUAAGCACGCCGUCUCGUACCAAUGAAGCCAUCAGCCGGCUGGUCUUUGAGAGUCCAGCACCCAUAGAGUUGAAACAGCCCUGCCUGCGACAACCAAUGAACAGCGAGGACACUGACCUUAACAUGACCUUUGACAUCUCCACUCCAGAGGACCUAAACAAGAAACCUGUCACUUUCCCCUCCAAAAAGAUCAGACUGGAGGCCACUCAAUCUACCUCAAGCCAGCCUGCUAAGUACUCCAUAGAAAACCAGAGCGCCAAAGGCAAGGAAGCAGAGGAGGAUAUUGCUCUUGCUCCAUUCCUUCGCAACUCUCUGCUUUUCAGAAAGAACGCUUUUGGAAGUCUGCUUCAUCCACAGAGAGGCAAAGGGGGUGCUAUAAGAACUGGUUUUGAUGGACUUGGAGGAAGAACAAAGUUCAUACAACCUUCUCCUCUCGCAGAUCUCUCUCCACCAGUACGGAAGGUUAAGCGUAAGAAAGUAACAAGGCCACUGAAUGGGAUGCUUUCCGCCAACCUGCAAAAACUAGAUGGCUUUCUACAGCUCUGACUGCUGGGGGCCAAGAAAUCAUCACAGAGAGAGCUGCUGUAUCUCCUAACCUGCACUUCUUUCCAAAUCUACUAGUGGGUCAAGUAUGAAUUGGAUAAUUUAAAGAUGGAUAGUCUUGUGCUGACCAGAUAUAGUAACAAUGCUUGGAUGUAGAGAGGCAUUAAUACACUUAAAUAAGGUUUCUUCCAGUAGGCCUUCUUUUCAUGCAUCAUGAAAAAUGGCAAAAGUAAUAUUGAAAGUGCUAGAUGUGAGCACCAUCUCCAGGCUUAUUUCAGUGCACUGCAUGCAUUCUGAAACCACAGUAGUAAACACUUUCGUGUUAGGAUCAAACUGUGAUGGUAAAGAAAGGGACUUGUGGACUUCAGAUUUGCAGUCAUGGGUUAAUUUUCAGUUGGUAUUUUUAUUCUGGUAUGUAUGUGUUUCAGAAAUUAACUAAGUAUAGGUGUAUAAAGUGUAUAGAUUAUUCCAUUCAUGUUACCAUAUGUUUCUGCCAUAUGAAAAGAUUGUGUGAAUUACAUGUGUGUGUAUAUAUAGAGUGUUUGUCUUUUAAAUUUGCCCACAAAUAAACAGUUGCAUUUUGUUACAUUUCAA